AGCUUAUUUAUUUACUCACUCAUCCGAUAAAAAGGGGGCUCCUCCUAAACCCUUAUUUUGUUUCUUCUAGAGAGUUGUAGGAGUAAGAAUGUCGUCAAUGAACUUCAAUCCAUUUCAGAACUGGUUCGAGAAACCACCGAACCCAGUUCCAUCAAUCAACUUCGCUGAAUCCUUGUUCCCAAAGUCGCAGUCUCCCCCCAAGUUCGCAUCGAUUGGGCUUCCAAAGUUCUUAAAGAAGAAGAAGGCAGAGCCAGAAGAAAGGGAGGAGGCAGGGAUGUAUAAGAAAAUGGCGGAGCAGUUCCUGUGGGAGUGCGAGAACAGACCCGACUACAGGCACGCCCCCGAAGUGGAUAAGAUUCUCAAGGAGGACCCUCUCUUCGACAACAAGGAGAACCCCAGCCCACAGGAGGUCGAGGCCGAGGAGAAAUGGUGGGAGAGGUUCCGAACGAGUCCCGUGGUCCAGUUCAUGGCGCGCGCGGAGGAGAUAGCGGACGACAUGAACAAGAUGGAGCUGGAGGAGAACGACACUCCGUAUCGGAGAGAAGACAGGGACUUGUGGAGAGCCGUGCCCCACGUGCCGGGGCUCGACGGGAGGCCUAUGCCGAGGAAGGCCAUUAAGACCAAGGAAGAGAGUGAUGAUAAGUUUUGGGAUUUCAUGAAGCAGUUCCUCUUCGGCCUCUGGGGAUUCCGCCAGAGGCCUUACCCGCCGGGUCGACCCAUUGACGUUGCUCAGGCUAUUGGUUACAAACGCCUCGAGAAGCGCUACUAUGACUUCAUAAUGAAGACGGGUGGUUGGUGGUACAAGGACCGACUUGGCCGUUCAAGAGGCCCAUGCGAGCUUAUUACCCUUAAGACAGCUUAUGGAGCUGGAAUCAUUGACAGAGAUACUUUCAUUUGGGGCGAGGACAUGGAUGAGUGGGCCCCUAUUCACAUGGUUUACGGUUUGGAACCUGCUAUUGCCACUUGGGAAGUGAGGCUUGGUGCAGCGGCAACAGCUUUCCUACACAAACUCCAAAAGGGAAUACCGCCAUGGGUUCCUCUAAAGGGAAGAGAGCCCAAAACAUACAAGCAGCUUCAGAAAGAAGCUAUUGAGAGCAAGAAACGCGACAUGGCAGUUAUGGAAGCUAACGAUGGUGUUUGGCCUGGACUCAGAACUCCCAGCCAUGCUCUCUUUCUUUGGGCCAGUGGCUCUGAACUAACAACCGUCCUCGAAUCUGAUCACAUGCCCAACAAGUUCAUCCCCAAACAGCUAAGGCAAGAGUUGGCGAAAGUAAUACCAGGGUUGAGGCCAUGGGAAGUGAUAAGCGUAGAGCAAGCAAUGGAUCAGAUAAGCUAUGGGGGAGAAUGGUACCGUAAGCCACUUGGUACCUACACAACGGGUCCUCCUUACAUCAGAGAAUGGAACAGGAAUGUCAGGAGAUUGUUUAGGAUAUACUACAACCUGAGUGUGCGAGUGGGGGAGAAGCUGGAGAAGACACUACCAGGAUUCAACACAAUAAUGGAAAAAGUACAGAAAGAUUAUGAGAGUAGGGUUGCUAAGAGGAUGAAGCGGAGGGAGCAGGAGCUGAGAGAAAGGGACUUGAAGAAUCAUUCUGGCCAUAGCGAUGAGGAGGAAGAGGAUGAAGAGGAGGAGGAGGGGGAUAAAUGACUAAAGCAAAGGUGAGGAGGACAAGAAAACAUCAUGUUGUUGUUGUUUUUUAUGCUGUGGCAUUGGUGUGUGGGGGAGUUUAGUUUCUGGUACUUGUUCUGUUUGACAUUGAGAGAGUUUAUCUGAGAAAAAGGAACCAACACCAGUUCCAUCA